AUAGUUUAGGAAUAAGUUUUUUAACAGACGCAAAUAGAAAAAUUAAUUUACAAUUCAACCAUUUAUAAGGAAAUCGUUCUAAAACUAAAACAAUGCAUCACACGGGUCAUUAGAGGUUGAGUAAAUACUUCGUAAGUAUAAUAUAAUUGGGUGAUACGAUUCAGAGGGCUGCCGGAGAGAGAAGCGGAAAGUGAGUGAGAAAGAAUGGAAGCAGUGGUGGUUGACGCUGGAUCCAAGCUCCUCAAAGCUGGCUUCGCCAUUCCCGAUCAACCUCCUCCUGUCAUCAUUCCUACACAAAUGAAGUGUGUGCCAGAAGAGGAAUCAUUAAAUGGUUUGGCUGUGGCUGAGGACAUCACUGUUGAUCCUAUUGUUCGUGGUUUUGUGAGUGAUUGGGAUGCCAUGGAAGAUUUAUUGCACCAUCUUGUAUAUUCAAGCCUUGGAUGGGAAAUUGGCAAUGAAGGCCAUAUUUUAUUUGCUGACCCGCUGUUAACUCCCAAGGCUGUAAGAGAACGAUUGGUUCAACUGAUGUUUGAAAAAUUCAACGUGUCAGGAUUUUAUGUUACUGAGCAAGCUGUAUUGUCACUCUAUGCAGCUGGGCGUAUUUCUGGUUGCACUGUUGAUAUUGGUCAUGGCAAGAUAGAUAUUGCUCCUGUUAUUGAAGGAGCGGUCCAUCAUAUUGCCUCAAGAAGAUUUGAAAUUGGGGGUGCUGAUUUAACCAAGCUACUUGCCGAGGAACUUGGGAAGUCUAAUCCACUGGUGAAUCUCCAGAUUCAAGAUGUGGAGAAACUUAAAGAGCAAUAUGCAAGCUGUGCUGAAGAUGAACUUGCCUAUGAAAAAAUCCAGCAAUCAUGCCCCAAUGAACAGCAUAUUCUGCCUGAUGGUCAGGUAAUCAAAAUUGGAAAAGAAAGAUAUGCUGUGGGUGAAGCUCUCUUCCAGCCUUCUAUAUUGGGUUUAGAGGCACAUGGCAUCGUUGAGCAACUUGUUCGUUGUAUAUCUACUGUAUCAUCAGAGAAUCAUCGGCAGUUGCUGGAGAGCACUGUACUAUGUGGUGCCGCAUCCUCUAUGACCGGUUUUGAGAGUAGGUUCCAGAAAGAAGCUAAUAUGAGCACAUCAGCUAUUCAUCCUUCGGUGGUGAAGCCUCCAGAAUACAUGCCAGAGAAUUUGGCCCAGUACUCAGCAUGGGUAGGCGGCGCAAUACUUGCCAAAGUUGUCUUCCCUCAGAAUCAACAUGUAACCAAGGCAGACUACGAUGAACAUGGACCUGCUGUUGUUCACAGAAAGUGUUUCUGAUAGAUGCCUGCUCUUGCUUCAGUUUACUAACACUAACAAGGGCAAUAGAGACUCAAAGUGAUUGGAUAUUGGACUCACAAUGGGAUAUCUCUGGACUCUCUAGAUAAUUAGGGGAACUACUGUAAGAGGAAAACCAUGCGAGUGAACUCUUGAAUCAACUCACUGUUAUGGGUUUAACGUAACUGCUGAACUUUGCUGCAAGUAGGAAGAUGAUUGGUAAGGACUGAAAGAUAGUGUUAUUAGAAAUUUAGAACUUUAAUUAUACCUUAUUAACUACUCUUAUUUUCGGCAUUUGGAAGUUCUGUGACCUAUGUUGGCUAUGUAGAUUGUUUAAUGUCCUAUGAUUAAUCUUACCUUGAUAUGUAUGGUGAUGAACAUAUUUUUCUUCUCAUA